AUGGUGCGCGUCAAAUGGCUAAUUCCGCUCGUGGAGCUCAUUGCACUCGUUCAGGCCGCUCAGGUCCAAUUCUCGUUGGACCUUACGUGGCAACGGGGUGCUCCAAAUGGCAUGGAGAGGGACAUGAUCUUUGUUAAUGAUCAAUUCCCGGGUCCAGCUUUGGUGUUUGAUGAGGGAGAUGAAGUAACGAUUGAUGUUACGAAUCAUAUGCCGUUUAAUACGUCGAUUCAUUUCCAUGGAAUUGAGCAAAAGGGAACGCCCUGGUCUGAUGGUGUCUCUGGACUGUCGCAGUGGGCGAUCUUGCCUGGUGCCACCUAUCGAUACAAGUGGGUAGCUAAUACCUAUGGUACAUACUGGUAUCAUUCCCAUGAUAUGUCUAGAAUCAUGGAUGGCUUGUACGGGCCUAUUCGGAUUCGACCAUCUGCCGAUCGAGAGACGCCAUUCUCCAUGAUAUCUGAUGAUCCCGAUGACAUUGAGGCCAUGACUAAAGCGCAGGAAAACGCCGAGCUGGUGAUACUCUCCGACUGGGACCACUUGACAUCCGAUGCAUACAUGGAUGCCUUGAAAUACUCCGGCUAUGACAUCUUUUGCUCAGAUAGUGUGCUUGUUAAUGGCAGAGGAUCAAUCUAUUGCAAAUCCUCGGAAGAACUGACUGCUCUGCAACCGCCACAAGUCCGAGCAGUCAUCACCGACCCACUGACUGACAGAGGAUGUGAUCCAUUCAUGCGUGUAGUUCAAGGCGACUGGGAACACCACCCCGAAGCCCUGCCUGGUGGUCUGAACUCGGGCUGUGAACCUAGCGUCGGCCCCAUGACCGGCUUCACGGUCGAUCCUGAGGCCAAAUGGGCAAGUUUCAACUUCAUCAGCGCGGCCGGUCUCAAGGCCCUUGCUGUGUCGAUCGAUGAACAUCCCAUGUACGUCUACGAGGUCGACGGUCGCUACAUCGAGCCCCAGCUCGCGCAUUCAAUUCCCAUCUACAAUGGCGAGCGGUACUCCGUCAUGAUCAAGCUAGAUAAAGAACAUGCGAGCUAUACGAUGCGCGUUGCCGGCAAUGGUAAUCAGGUUAUCUCUGGCUAUGCCAACGUGACAUACGAGGGUUGCGAGAGUAAUCCGCGCGAAUCGAUCCCGUACAUCGAUUACGGCGGUGUCAACACCACGGCCGAUGUGAUCACGCUUGACACUCAUCACCUUCCCCCGUAUCCUCCCAUCCUGCCAGCCGCCAAGGCGAAUGAUUUCCAUCUCCUGACUCUUGGACGCAUCAAUUCAUCUUGGGAGUGGACUUUGGAUGGAACAACCUUCCUCCCGGCCGACCUCGCUGUCAUAGAACCCGCUCUUUACAACCGGAAGGCGCCGGGCUUGGACUCAUCUCUCAAGAUUGAGACGAUGAAUGAUACCUGGGUGGAUAUCGUCUUCCAGCUUGCCAUUCCGGAGCCGACGAAGCUCCAGCCGCCGCACCCUAUGCACAAGCAUUCCAACAAGGCUUUCUUGAUCGGAUCCGGCAUGGGUAACUUCAACUGGAGCUCUGUUGACGAGGCUCUGCAAGAGUCAACGGCGGACUUCUUGGAGACUCCGGUUUAUCGCGAUACUUUCGUUACUGCGCCGAACGGUGUCGCCUGGCUGGCGAUCCGAUACCAUGUUGAGAAUCCUGGAGCCUUCUUGUUGCACUGCCAUAUGGAAACCCAUCUUCAUACGGGAAUGGGCAUGGUUCUGCUCGAUGGCGUUGAUGCCUGGCCUGAGGUCCCGCACGGGCCGUAA